GUCUCUUCGUCGGCGGCCCACAGCCCGGGACUGGGCGGUCGCAGCAUUACCUGUCGGGGGUCCAUCGUGAACGGGACAGCGAUCGCCCAUCCACCUCGGAUCGAGGAGCCGUAUCCAAAUGACGUGGUUGCGAAGACGAACGUAGAGUGGGUGGAGUGGGACUACGCCGACCUCAUGGAUGCCAUGAAGGAGGAUCCCACUAUCCAAGCGAGCGUCGUCUCCAUCCUCUUCCACGAG